AAUUAAAAAAGUGAAAAUAGUUUAUUUAAAGUAUGUUUUGAUAACUCUUUCAAGAAAAUUAAAUCUUUCGAAAAUAAUAUAAAUUUUUCAAUACCAACAAUUUUUCUUAAAAUUUCUGGAUAAACUCUUAGAAUUAGUAAUGGAAAAUAAGACCAUCAAGAACAAUGACUCCUCUGCUUCUUCUGGAACAACACCAUCGGAAAUUGAAAAUAGUUUUAAGUUCAUGAAUUCAAGUUUUGUUGAAAACUCUGACUCAUCUGUUCAAGCCGACAUACCUGCAUUCCAUCCAAUUAGUAGAGACCAAGCAAUACGAAAUGCUUCAAAAUCUUAUACUCGUGACUACCAAAUAAAUCGACCUGCGGCAAAUAAAAUUUUACCAAGCAGCCUUUGUAAACUCUCUGAAGAACCUUCAACUGAAGAUGAUUUAAUACCUGAGGAAAAGACCCUCGUUGAAAUUGGUUUUAAGGCGAAUCAAAUUGAAGACUGGGAAAGUAUCAAUCAGCCAAAAAAACAAGAUCUCUAUGGUCUUCUUAAAAAUAUGAUUGAUAAAUACAUCAAACCCAAUGUUCAAAUACGAGUUGGUGAUGUUUCUUUCAACUGUCACAUGAUGGUUCUGCAAUGCUAUUCGGACUUUUUCAUGGAUUGCAGUAAUGAAUCAGUUAUACAACUUCCUCCGGAGAAGAUCACUGCACAGGCAUUUAUGAUGAUAUACGAUUGGAUGUUAUCUGCUGAUCCUUUGGUCCAACGAGAAGGCAUUUUAGAGCUUUUUAAUGCUGCGAACUUUUUGAAAAUCAAAGGUUUAGUUGAUCAGUGUUGGGUUUGUUUGGAUGACGAUAUUCGGUUUCAAGAAGAUACUGCAUUUUUGUUAUAUCUCGAGGCACGGAAUUAUGGGUUGGAAAUGUUACAACAGCUAAUGUUGACAAGGAUAUGCAAGUUCUUUCUUACUUUGGUAGCGUCGAAGGAUUUUUUACUUUUGAGUGCAAACGAAAUUUGUACUCUAUUAAGCUCGAAUUCGAUUGGAGUUAAUUCUGAAGUUGAGAUUCUUAUGUCAGCUGUACGAUGGCUAAGCUAUAAUUGGACAGAUCGUCAAUGCCAUAUGUUAGAUCUUUUGAAAUGUGUACGUUUCGGAUUGAUGCCUCCAUGGAUUCUUGUAGCUUUAGGUCGUGAUACUGAUUGCGAAGCUGUACAAAGAGUAAUUGAUAAUGCAGAAGUAAAGAAAAUGAUUGAAGAUGGAUUAUCAUACACAACAACAAAGUUAUAUUACUCGAAGAAUAUUGACAAUUUUCUUGCAUUCAUGGAACGUUAUAAACUAACCAAACCAAUUCAAAGACAAUGGAUAUGUGAUGAACAAUGUGAUUUUCAUCAUAAAACUGAUUGUCCGAAUAGACUUUAUAUAACAUACAAAUCAUUUCUUGAGUAUUUGGAAAUGAUUCGAAGUAAGGGCAAGGAUCACUGGAAGACAUUACAUAUGGAACAUCAAAAGGAUUUAAAUUUUCAAUGCUGUCUUCCAAAGUUAAACUCUUCUAAUGACCAAUAUUUUUACUGUGUUGUUCCCAAAGAAAGUCGUGAUCAAGCUGUACAGGCAAAUGGAGAAUUAAGCGAUCCAGAUGAUGCAGAUAUGAAUGCAAUAUCUCAAACUGUCGACAUUAAAACCUCAUGGUAUCAAGAGAUUUACUCAUCUAACAGGCCCAAUGCCCGAGGCUUGGAAAAUAUACCAAAAAUAAGGACCCAAGACACCCAUAAUAACAAAAAUAGCAUUGCCACUAAAAGAGAUAAUAAAAAUAUAACCUUAAGCCAAAAAUCCUCCUCUUGCUGUGAUGUUAAUCAAAAACCUAUAAAUAUUAAGAAAAGCGUUUUGGCCAAAGCCUUCUACUGCAGCAUGAGUUCGGAGCAUGAAUUCGAGUACAGUACAAUGGCCAAUUCGAUGUGCCAUCAUCAGCAACAACGCCAUCAGGACAUUGUUGAGGCUCAGAAAUUGACCCAAGGAAGGACAACAAAUAUGUCGUCGCCAUUGAAGAAGGGUGCUGAUGAUGAUGAUGAUGGUGAUGUUGGCAAGGAUGAGGAUUGUUCAACUUCUAAGGCUGCUAGUGCGAAACAAAUUGGUAUUUCCAGGAAGCAAGACUCACGGAGUGAAUUAAAUUUCAGAGACAUUGGAAAGCAGAAGAUUUUUUUAUUUGGUGGCAUUGAUCCGUAUGCACAACGGAAUUGUAGUAAUGGUCAAGGGAUGGAUGUUCUUUAUUAUGACAGCUGUGAGAACGCUUGGAAGUAUUUAUCAAAUAUGCCUGGAAGCAGACAUCAUCACUCGGCAGCUGUGUAUCGAGGAAGAAUUUAUGUUGUCGGUGGAACGAGGCCGCCGUUACCAGGUUCCGUAAAAUCUAUUUUCGAAACUGCCGUUUGGAGUUUCGAUCCAAAACGUCUCGAAUGGCACAAUGAAACCUUCUUACCUCAGUCUCGAAGGGAUUUCGGCAUGAUUGCUUACGAUAAUGAUGUUACUUAUAAUAAAAAAACCAAAAUUAAUGCAGAAGAAGAACAAGGUGACGCAAAGGGCCAAACGAGAACAGGACUUUUCAUCUUCGGUGGAGAAAGUAUCGAUGGGACUCCAUUGUCUUCCAUGUUCUACUACAAUGUCGAAAAGAAAAUUUGGUCAGAGGAAGCUUCUUUGAAUAUAGGUCGUUAUGGUUUAGCGUCGACGGUGGUGGUUAACACCAAAAAUACUGCUGAAAUUUGGGUUGCAGGUGGAGUUUGUGGACAUGAAAAGGGUGGUCAUCCAAUAAUUACAGAUUCUAUGGAAUGUUAUAACUUAACGAGUGACGACGAUGGUUGUUGGUCCUGGAAGGAGUUAAUUAUACGACUAAGGAUACCAAGAUUGUUUUCAAAGUUUUGUACAACUAACAGGGGAACAAAUUUGUACAUAAUUGGAGGUAUCGGAUUAGACCCCAAGCAUCCAGGUGAAUUCAAAUCACUGGCAUCUAUAGAUCGCUAUGACUUCCAUGAACAAAACUGGACUCAUCUAACAGAUAUGAUUAUAUCAAGACAUGGCCAUGAUGUGGCAUCAAUUAAUAACAAAAUAUUAAUCUUUGGAGGUGUUUCUGGCAGCGAAAGAAAAACUCUCAAGUCUGUCGAGUGUUUUUCCACCAAAACCAACACUUGGCUAUAUGAAAUUGCUUUCCUUCCAUUGCCACUAUCCGGAUUAACAGCAAUUGUAAUUGACUCCAACUUUUCCAAAUGAUUUGUUGGAGUUUUU